UAAGGAAGUUUGCGUUUGAUUGUUUGCCGUCGGAUUUAAGUGCGGCUCCUUAUUUGUGAGUGGCGGGAAAUUAUUAAACCUUUGAGGAGCCAAUCUGUCGCCCACGUCGCUUGUAUUUAUUUGGUUAGCUCUACUUUUAGCCAGCUGUCAGCUAACGUGUAACGAGCGAGACCGUUUGGCGCGCGCGCACACCGCCCGAAUUAGGUUAUUUAACGCUAAUAACGUCGCGUUCGGACCCGCGACGCGGAGUUUACCGCAGUCCCCAAGUUGGUUUAAACCAACAGCUGAUCCUCCCGACCAGCCGCCGCACACCUGCCGUGGUGGAAGCCUCGUCUACCACACUGGUGAAGACUAUCAGAAGAAGACCGAGAUGUCCCUUGAAAAGCAUUUGAAAAAUCCCGCUCCCGGAAGAGAAGAUAAGGUCGGAGAAGGCAGACAUGAGGAAGAGUCCUCCUCCUUGCUAUCAGCCCGGGAAAGACGCAGGAGAGACCGGGAACAAACCAGGGCAAAGGAGAUGACAGAGGAGGAGAUGGUUGACUUGGCUCUGCAUCUGAGUGAACAGGAAACCAGCUCUGCUCUACUCAGACGACAGCAGCAGGAGGAGGAAACCAUGAUGAAGGCCAUAGAAGAAAGUCUGAUCAGCCAGACCCAACCGUGCCCAUCUGCCCAAAGUCAAAGCUUUCUAGAUGGGACAGACACCACCUCCCCACUCUCUUCCAGACGGAAACUCUCUUACCCCAACACAGAGCCACACAGAACCGGAAAUAAAAGUAGUAAAAGAGAGAAAAAGAGAAAAAGAAAAGAGGGAAGCCCUCUGCCAGAGAUGCCUGACCUAUCACAAACCCAGAAGAUCUACUCUCAGACAACACCCCUAUCCCUACAGCUUCCCUUAGAGCACUUGCACUCCACUGAGGAAAAUGGAACUAAUCAACAUGACCAUGAUGAUGAAUUGGUUCCCACCCACUGUUGUAGAAUGACUACGCCUUCCAACUCAGAUAAUGAAGAGAAGCCAAAGGAAAUUGGCAACAACCUGAAAAAAGAUGGGAUGGAGCUGACCAGUGACGUGACCUUGCAUUGGUCAGAUGAUGUUGAAGAAGUAACGUCAGGGGACUCACUCAGCCCAGUCUUCCCAGCAGAGAGACCCCUUCAUCAUCCAGAAAACCACACAUCCUCCCUGGGAAGUCCCAGACACAGCAGUCCAGUCCUUAGCACCAGGAAAUCAAGGUUUCCUGUCAGCUCCACCCAGGAUGGGCACACCUCUCCUUCCAAAUUGACCCGCCAGCCACAGGAACCACCAGCCACUGAUGAUCAUCGAACUGUCACCACAAAGAGCAGACCUGUCUCCCACCAGAGCCUGGGGGCUGUCAGUGGAGUCUCUGACCCCUUGGAGGAUCCAAAAAGUGGUACAAGGGUGCACUAUUACUGGGGUGUGCCCUUUUGUCCACACGGCCGGGACCCAGAUGCCUACACACAGGUGAUCUUGGCCCAGAUGGAGGUGUAUGAGAAGAGCCUGAAGCAGGCUCAGAGAGGCCUGCUGAGGAAAGCCACAUGGGGGGAAGCAAUUUUGCCCAUGCCAGAGAAAUCUAGCUCCUCUGUGUCCCAUGAUGAAACAUCUCAACCUAUUGCUCCAAAAAGGUCGGGCCUCACAUUGAGAGGGAAGAGAGCAGCCUCACCCAAGAUCCAGGAGGGAGAGGAGCAGGAAGGAGGUGAAGAGAGGCAGAUGAAAAACGACUGCAAGGAGGAGGACGAGCAAGCAGUGCUGGUGGAUGUCGAUGACACUGAAGUUUGUCCAGAGACCCAGCUCAGUGACGAUGGCGACAGCACACAGGAGCUGAUAAUGGCCAAAGAUGCCAGCCCAGAGGUUCAGUAUGUCGACCAAGCCCAGCCCCAGCCUACCGAUCAAGACCAGCAGCAGGAGGAAGAGGUGAUGGAGGUAGAUGGUGCUGACAGAGCUAACAUAGUCCUGGGUUUAAAAGGCUCUGCAGGGCCAGCCAACAGAGAGCGAGAGAGGGAUGUCCUUGUUAGGAGCCCAAACAAAGGACACAAUGUGUGGAUAGAGGAAGAGGAGGAGGAGAGGACCUGUAAAGGUCUGCAGGGGUCUGUUCCUCAUGUUCCAGGACCGGCGAUGAGCCCUGUCCGCCAGAUGGUCUGUCCCAUUUGUCAGGGAUCAUUCCCCAUGGUGGAGAUUGAGAUGCAUGCGGCAUACUGCAAUGGAGAGGGAGACACUGGAGAAGAGGUCAGGUGGAUCGGCAAAACGGACUUCCAAGCAUCACUGACACCUCGCAAGAAGAGAAGCAAAAGGGCGGAGGUGGCGGCACCAGACCGGACUGAACAUUCUGACUUUGACAAGCCUGCUGAGAAGAGAGAGAAGUGUUACAUCUGCCAGAAAGCCAUUCCACUCAGAGAUUACAAGAGGCAUACAGAGGACUGCAUCCAACAGCGGUCUGUCAAGGCUGCAAUGAAAGGAAACCUGUUGACGGCUCUGGAGCAGACAGAGAGCAGAGACUCUGACGCCGGCCCCUCAUGUUCAGAUUUCAGCAGCAGGCCGAGAGAGGUGAUUGACUUGGUGUGUCGAGAUGAGGAUGAAGAUGAGACGCCGUCUUUGAGGGUCAGUGACUCGCCGAUCCGAUCCUUCACCUCGAUCUCAGAGGCCACAGACUCUCUGGUGGACUUCAGGAACCAAUACUCUGCCAGGCAGCCCAGCCAAAGACGCCAGAGAGGAGGAUUUAAGAGGAAACUAAAACGAUGAGCUGUCUUUUUGAAACUACUGUAAAGAACCUUGACCUGUGACCUGGGAGUUAUAAGGUUUCAUCUCUCAUUCUGGUAAAACGUGAUGCAUGUAAUGCACAUUUUACAAACAGGCCUCUACAUGUGAUGCAUAUUUGAUUUUUUUUCAAAUUGUUUGUGAACGUGAAGUAAUGCAAAUUAAAACCGCAAUAUUACUUUUGCUACACAGUAUGUGGAAACUCAUAAUCUCAAAACUGCUCCAGAAGUAAAUGAAUCCUAAGCAUUCCAAGCUCAUUGGGUUUUUUUAAUUUUAUUCUUCAGGGUUUAUAAUAUUUCUGUCCCACCAA